CUUCACUGCCCUAGUGCAUGCACCAUAUCGAUCGUUCAGCAUCACAUUAAUGACUUUUAAGCGCCCACUACGCCCUCGGCAGGGACCUGCCAGCCAAUCCGGUGCUGGGCAGCCCACUUCCGGAACUACUGCGGUCGCAGGCCAGGUAUCGACUACAGAUGGCACUGGAACGGUCACUUCUGAUACGAGUGCGGCGGGAUCGGGAUCGGGUGGCGGGCAGUCGAUAGCUCCAACAAGCAAUGUGAUCGGGACCACGUCCACGAGUGAGAUAUCAACCAGCUCCACUUCAGAGACAUCGACGACGACGACGUCUACCUCAUCGACGUCAACCAUAACGACCACUAGCAGCAGCUCCUCCUCCGUUACGACGUCGACGCCGAGCUCGACGUUCUCUACGACAUCUACGACGCCAUCCACAUCGUCCACGACUUCUACCCUCACCUCGACGACGUCUGUCUUCUCACCCACAACAACAACGUCUUCGACAGCGCCCACCACCUCCCAAACAGAUACAACCACAACUUUACCAUCAGUGACCACAACCUCCUCUGACUCGAGCACGACAUCUCUCACGACGAUCGUGACCUCCAUUUCAGGCCAGCUCACCACAUAUACCACCAACAUGCCUACAGCUCUCGCCACCUCUGGCUCCGGCUCUGGCCCCGGCAACAUAAACCGCACCGCCCUCAUCGCCGGCGUCACCACUUCUGCUGUCGUCCUCGCCUUCCUCGCCCUCGGUGUCGUAUUCAUAUACAAACGCGCCCAGAAGAGGCGCAUCGGGUUCAUGGAGACCAUCAAGCGGAUCAAGCGGGAGGGCAAGGGUGCUGGGGCCGUCGGUCUGCUCGACGACGAGUUUGAGGAUACGACGAGGUACAGGGACCAACCGACCACGCCAGUCUCGGUACCUCGAUCAGCCUCGCAUCCUUCUCUUCCGCGUUCUGAACCGUCGAUAUACUCCACUACUUCGGUUGUCCGGGGUGACUCGGGCAGCCUGUUCCGCGAAGAGGUGUGGCCCCCCCCUCGUGAGCCGAGUGGGCAUUCUCGCGAACCAAGCAUAGAGGAGGAUCCGUUUAGAGCUAUUAUGCCCUUGCCUCCGCCUGGAGCUGCCCAGCCUAGACGGCCCAGUCCGUUGGGUGGCGAAUAGUUUCCGUUCUUUUCUUUACCCUUGCAUUGAACUUUUUUU